UUUCCGAAACCUUUUUCAUGAUAAUUAUUUCGAUUAAAUUGAAUAGCUGGAGCUUUUAUCAUUGAAUUGAAAUUUCCCUAAUAUAGAUACGUGAUGGUGCCCGUGUUACUAACGUCGUUAGUACCAUUAUAACAUCAACAGCUAAUUUACUAUCUAACAACAAUGGCGGACGACAUAGAUAUCGAAGAGCAUGACGUGCUGGAGAGUCUGCGCCGGCGCCAUGAGCAGCCUGACACCAUCCAGCCUGACACCUUCAUCGUCAAGUCUGAGCCUCUGGAGGUUGAGUAUGAAGAAUCAAAUUAUGAAGAACCCAACUACGAAAACCAGUGGACAUGGGAUCAAGAUAAAGUGGAAAUAAAGAUAGAACCCCGAGAAGAGAUAGAAAAUGCAGAGGCGUUCCGAUUCGGCAAAAUUAUACUCGGCAGCAAACCGGUCCAGCUACCUCAAGAGAAUGACCUGGAAGCUCCGAGCGGCAGCCAAGUAAGAGUCGAAGAAUAUAAUUACAAUAUGUCUCUAGUUUUAGACGAUUGGGGACCUAUCCUGGACAGAAGCGAUUGCUAUUGCAAAAUAUGUGAAACCCUUUUCGCUACAGUCAAUGCAUUAGACGCCCAUAAAAUGAUUGCGCAUUCCUUCCUUGUAGCUACGGAUAAACAGCCAAGCCCGGAGAGAAAUAAGGCAUUCAAAAGCACAGCCAAACCUAGUAAUGUAGUAAGUAAUGAUAGCACUUGUAAAAUAUGCCAUUUCCAAUUCAAAGGUACUGUUGGCAGAUCAAACUUAUUAAGACAUUACAAAAACGUCCAUCGGGUUGAUCCAAAAACUAUAGACAUUAACAGUGACUUCAAAAGUUGGAGGAUUUGCAACCAUUGCAAUUUGUAUUUCCCGGAUGAUACAUCUUUGGUAAAACAUUUGUAUGAAUUGCUCCCUUUAAACGAUAAAACGCCAACUAAAGAUGAUAAGAGGACUGUUGGACAGCCGGUGAAACCUAAACCGGUGUUAAAUGUUGUCAAAAAUAUUCCAAAAGCUGUCAAAUCUACGAGUAAAAAUCCAUAUGUUACAUUUGUUAACUCUCCAAAUAAAAAAGAGGUAACAUCAGUGACUCCAGUACCAAACCGAAUUAUAUUAGGAUCUAAACCUAUGGUAGCUAAAAGUUCGGAAAACGAAAAGCAGCCUAAUAAGAUCAAGUUGACAGAUACAAAAGUUAGGUUCAAAUGUCUCUUAUGCAAUGAAAUUUUCACAACUGAAUAUGGAGUAAAGAAACACAGGAAAAAACAUCCGACCAGGAUGAAAAGGAAACGCUUGUUCGUGAAAUUAGUCAACAAAACAAACAAAGUAAUAGUGAAUCCUAUGGUCAAGAAGGAACCCGUAAACCCAAACUUGAUAAAGAAAGAGGUAAAAGUGUAUCCAUCAAAAGCUAUCGUUAAAAAAGAGGUUGUUGAUGAAGACAAAGGUGUAUUCGUUUCCAAGUCAACAUUGUUUAAAUGCAAUAGAUGUUCCGUUCACUUUUUGACUUGCACCGGAGCUUGCCAACACUCCAUCGUGUGUGAGACAUCUUCCAACAUCGGGGACUGGGCCUGCCCGCUGUGCCAGCGAGUGUUCAAGAGUGCAGAAAAAACAGCACACAAGUAUCAACACAAAAUGUUGAAUACCCACAAUUUUAAAGUGUAUGUAGUGUAUUUAGAAAUGAUCGUCCGGAUCCUUUGCCAAUGUCCGAAUUGCUUCGUCUGUUUUGAGGAAGACAAAUUCUGGAGACACGUUAACGGUGGAUGCAGUGAUGCCGCUUCGUAUUAUUGCAAUGAAUGUAGAUUGCCAAUUGAUAUACACUCCAAAGCCAAUCAUGACAGCAAACACAAGAAGGGAGACUUCACCAAGGAUGACUUUAUCAAAAUCGAUUAUAUUACUUCUAAGCCAGUAGGUGUUCCGAAGAAAGUCACUGAAGAAAUAAGAAGCCCUGUGAAAGUUAAAAUUGAGAGUGAGACGCCGAGAAAAGUACUGAAACGAAAAUUGGAAUUGCCAGCGGUUCCGCUAAAAAGAAAAAAGGGCAAUUCGCAUGAACUCUUUUUGUACUAUUGUCAGUUUUGCAAGUCAUAUUUGGGGAGCAAAUCUGACAUUCACAAAAGUGGACGUUGUAAAGUGAAACAAAAAGGAAAUAAAGGGUUAUGUAAAAUUUGUGGAAUAUACUUUAGACAGGCAUAUUACUUGAACCACAUGUCUUUGCACGUUAAAAACCCUAAUCUAACUAUUGCCGACAUCACUUUUUUUAAGCUGGCAGAUUUGAAGAAGACAAAGCCAGUUCAGGUGCUCCAUGCGUGCAAGGCUUGCAAGGUUCACUUCUUGACUAAGUUAGCUCUCCGUGUUCACAAGUGCAAAGAAACAUCCAGCACUACCUGUCAGACAUGUCAAAAGAAGAUACAGACAGAUCUGUUCGAUUCACACAUGCGAAUACAUAACUAUGUUAUCCCCCGUGAGAUUAAAAGUGUCAGUGAUAUGUUAGAGAUGCCAAGUAAAUCUCAAAAUGACACAAAGUCACCAGUGAUGAAAUCACCUUUAACCAAGUUACCAGACUUGCUCAUGAAAUACCAGUCGCUUACUGCUCUAUGGAACAUACUGUAUCUCUGCGCUAUUUGCGACACUUUUACAGAUUCCUACGAUAAAGUCGUGGAGCACUGUCAAAACCACCUCACCAACAUGGAAAACUAUGGAGUGGUCAUAAGGAAAUGCGAUAAAUGCGACAUGAAAUUCGACAGCGAGUGUUACAAGCGGCAUUUAGAACUGCACGCCGAAAACAAGGUCAGCAAGAAAACCUUCCAGAUCUUGAAAUACGAGCAUUACAACCUGUUUUCGGAUAAGUGGUUUGACUUUAUUGAUUUACCGGAAGAACAGAAGUCACAGAUUGUCGGCCGGAGCAUAUACGGCGGUAAUAGAUGCGUAAAAAUGAAGCUGAUCCAACAAGGGCCCCCGGAAUACACCCUGUAUAAAUGCGAGAAGUGUCAGAAUUGUGUGAUCGCUGAUACUAUAGUGUACCACGUCAAACUCGCCAACUGCUGUAAAGCGCACAAAAUUCCCUGCUCCAUUUGUGAGAUGAGUUUUGCUAUCAGACGCGACUGCGAAGAACACGAAAGAAUCCAUGAAGCAACUGGUCUUGGACUACAAUCCUUCAGAAUCGUCUCUUUCAAUGACGCAAGUGACGCUGAAGCUAAUAAAACGAUCAUGUCCUAUGACACUGAGAAUCAUGGGAGUAAGAAUAAGAUAUCAUUCACAGAUGCCGAAAUUGUAUCUACAGCUCCUAAAUUGAGUCAGAAUAAUGCUCCUCUUAAGUCGUUUGUGUUUUAUAAGUGUGCGGAAUGUCAGACUUGUGUUGCCCAUAUGAGAAAUUUUCAGAAACAUGCGUGUAAUAACUUACCUAAGAGACAAUGCGCCCUAUGUGGAAUCUUUCAUAAUGCAAAGUACUUUUCGAACCAUCAAAGCCUUCAUAAGAAGUACACGUUCUCGAGAAAGAAUGUGAUAACAAAAACUGUCAAUAAGGAUGGUAAAGUAAUUAAUAUCAAAAAACAAACUCCAGAGAAGAAAGAAAAAAGUGUAGACAAUACGCAAAGCAAAAACGAUACGGAUCAAAGACCGAAACUGUAUAAAUGCUUCUGUGGUUUACAUUUUACAUCCAUGCAAGCUAUCGAGAGGCAUUACAAAGCUAAAAAUUGCAGCACCGUUAUACGGGAGAAAUGCAGCCAAUGCGAUUUAGUUUUCGACCCCAUAGAGGUCGUCAACCAUCUUUGCAAGCACCACGCCCAAAAUCCAACCAAAACGUUCAACAUUAUCACGCCGAACAAAAAGACUUUGUACAAGUGUGGUUUAUGUCACGUCUUGUUCUACCACAAGACGGCAGCCUUCCCGCACAAGGCCAAAUGUACUGGGACAUUCUGUGGGAAGAAAUGUGUCAAGUGCGGCCUGGCCUUUGACAACACCAGCCUGGCGACUCACAUGGUCGACCACGAGCGCAACAAUAAGCUUAGAACCGACUGCUACGUAAUAGUUAAAAUUCCUGAUGAGACUAUUCCUGAAAUCGAACGUGGGUUACAUCCGAAUAUUCUUUACAAGUGUAAGACGUGCGAAAUUCAUUUCUUAAGACGAUCUAGUGCUCGAAAUCAUAUAACGAAGCGCACAGACUGCGGCACUACAAUAGCGGAGGCUUGCAAGAUAUGUAAACGUAAGUUCCCGGCUAAAUCCAUCUUGAGACACGUGGCGUGGCAGCAUAAGAAACUGAAGAUCAAGGAAUUUAACGUUAGGGAACUCAUUUUUAGUGCUAACAGCAAAUUUUCUAAAGUCGUGCAAAAAGAGGAAAUAAAACCCAAAGUAAAGAAAGAAGAAGUGGUGAUCCCGGACGUGCCAGUGGCAGUUACAGUAUAUAGGUGCGUAAAGUGCAUGCUGCUUUUCACUGAUGAAAGUACCCUGCUAACGCACCUUGAAGACAGGUGCAGUAAGGAGCUUACUGAAGAAUGUGAGGAGUGCAAUGUUAAAUUCGCUUCUAAAAAUAUCAGGGAGCACAAUAGAGAACAUGGUCCUGGGGUGGCUUUGUCCAUGACUAUCGUAGAAGAUGUAGAGGCACCUCAAACCGCUCACUUUAAAACAGAACGAAAAGCAAACCAAACUCCAUUUGAUCCAAAGGAACAUCCAUUGUACAAAUGCACAUCAGGCUGCAAUUUGCAUUACCUUAACAAGAAAACGCUACUGUCACAUAACUGCGAAACUACCGAGGUUGUUAAAUGUGAAAUAUGUGAUCUUAGCUUCACCAAAAAAAGUCUGUGUCGUCACAAGGCAAUCCACGAGAAACAUAAUUUCAAAAAAGAAGAUGUCGUCAUUUUAACUUUGUCUGACUGUGUCAAAGCACCUGAAAGUCCCGACAGUAUAACAACAGAAACUCAAGAUGACCAAACUCCACCUAAUCCGAAGAAUGCUAAGAAACGUAUACUAGAUAGAUAUGAUAAUAAACUGUACAAAUGCACAGUUUGCAAUUUGCAUUACCUAACCCAGUCCACCCUGGAGAAACAUAAAGAAUGCAUUCCUAACGCCGAUUCGAAAUGCGAAGUAUGCGAUAUUGCUUUCACCAGUUACAGUCUGAAACGUCACAAAUUAAUUCACGAGAAAUACAAUUUCAAAAAAGAAGAUUUUGUUAUUGUAACUCUGACUGAUUUAGACCCCAAUUGGAUUCAACGCAAAGUACAGAUCAACAAAAAAAUUAAGAAAUAUAUUUCUUUAGAUUCCGGUUCUAAACUAGAACCUAAAGAAGUACUAGAUUCUAAUUCUAAACCAGAACCUAAGGAAGUUCUAGAUUCUAGUUCUAAACAAGAACCUAAGGAAGUACUAGAUUCUAGUUCUAAACAAGAACCUAAGGAAGUACUAGAUUCUAGUUCUAAACUAGAAUCUAAAGAAGUUAUCGGGUCUACAGAAAAGAUAGAACCUAACAAAGCUCACAAGGAAGAACCGAAGAAAGACACACACGCUCCAAAUAUCACACACUCAUUAUACAAAUGUGCAGAAUGCAAUGUAUAUUUUAAUACACGAAUAACAUGCCACAAACAUAUAGUGAAACACACUCCGCUAGAUCCAAAAGAAUACAUCGAGUGCAAGCUAUGUGGCUUCCAAUUCACGUUAAUGGGUUUGCCGUCUCACAUCAAGAAAAACCAUGCUAAGUCAUUUAAUUUACAAGAAGUGCUAAUAGAAGAAUACAAACCCAACGAUAUCAAAACGCACGAAACUUAUUAUGCGAGCGAAAAGGAUCAGUCAACAUUGGUGAGCACGAGUGAGGAUGUAAAGAACGUUUCUAAUUUAAGAAAAGAAAAUGACUGUGAGGUUUCAAGCUGUAAUGAAAUAGCGGGGAAUGUUGACUCUUCAGAUAACAGUAGUAAACAAGGUAAUAUAGAUAUUACAAGCCAAAGUCAAAGCAGCAACGAUUUGGAAGAAAUUACAGAACCUAAUUCAAGUAAAGUUAAUGUAACAGUCGAUUCCUCAGGUAAUGACAAAACGAUGAAUACAGAUCUUGCUGAUGACAAAACUAAAGUAAAUGGUCGAGUUGGUACUAAUUUUAAAGACAUUACUGACCCUAAUUCAAAUAGUAGUGGACGAGUCGAAUCUUCUGACAAUAAUAGCACACAAGUAAAUUUGGAUGCUGACAAUGAGACAAAAAUUAUUAGUAAUGAUUUAAACGAAAUUGCUGAAUCUAACUUAAUUGAAGACAAAGUUACAGUUGAUUCGUCAGAUAAAAAUAGCGUACAAGUCGAAUCUUCAGACAAUAAUAGCACACAAGUAGAUAUAGAUGCUGAAGAGAAAACAAAAGUGAUUAAUCAAGAUAGUAAUUUUAAAGGAAUUACUGAAUCUAACUCAAUUGAAGACGAAGUUACAGUUGAUCCGUCAGAUAAAAAUAGUGUUAAAGUCGAAUCUUCAGACAAUAAUAGCCCACAAGUAAAUUUGGAUGCUGACGAUGAGACAAAAGUUAUUAGUAAUGAUUUAAACGAAAUUGCUGAAUCUAACUCAAUUGAAGACAAAGUUACAGUUGAUUCGUCAGAUAAAAAUAGCGUACAAGUCGAAUCUUCAGACAAUAAUAGCACACAAGUAGACAUAGAUUCUGAAGAGAAGACAAAAGUGAUUGAUCGAGAUAGUAAUUUUAAAGGAAUUACUGAAUCUAACUCAAUUGAAGACGAAGUUACAGUUGAUCCGUCAGAUAAAAAUAGUGUAAAAGACGAAUCUUCAGACAAUAAUAGCACACAAGUAAAUAUAGAUGCUGAAGAUAAGACAAGUGAUUGGUCAAGAUAGUUAUUUUAAACAAAUUACUGAAUCUAACUCAAUUGAAGACGAAGUUAUAGUUGAUUCACCUGAUGAAAAAUAGUGUACCUGUUAAUACAGACGAUAACACAAAAAUAAAUUAUCAAAUCAAUGACGAGUCAAAUGAAUUAGCUGAAUCUAUCAAUCAUCAUCAUCAAUAGCUGAAUCAAUUUCAUUAUUCAUAACGAAAGUUACAUGUCAAUGUUAUAAUACAUAUUUACAUCUUAUGUCUAUUUUAUAUUAACAGCAAUAAGUAUCUCCUUUUAAUAAUCACAUAACAUUAUUAUUCAACAACGACGGGACCUUAUCGCAUAAAAUAAGUUUUAAAUCUACUCCGACGUUUCGAGGACGGCGUUGUGGUCCCGUGGUCUCGGAGAAGACUGGCUAAAGUUGACAUCAACAUCUUCUAGGCGCGCGAGUUUUUCGAACUACCCGCACUUGGUGCCAAUCGUUGUUAAGUCCCGUCGUUGUUGAAUAAUAAUGAGUAAACAUCGUGAAAGUUUAAAUCAGUGUAUCACAUAACAUUGUUUUUAUUCAUAAAUUCAUCUAAUGAGUAGAACGCGUAUUUCAUGAUGAUAAUUUAAAUACGUUUUGCACACUGCACAUUUUGAUUCCGUGUGGUUUGGCAGGACACUUACACACUUAUUACGAACGAUGAUGUCUAAAUGUAGAAGACUGAACGUUUUUAUAAAAAAAUGUUAAACAAAAGUAAUGAUUACCUCAUCAACUUUUCUUAAGUAUAAACAAGUAUAAAUAAGUAAUCUGUUUUAUUAUAUUUACGAUUUCACGAUACAAUCUCCCUCCUAAAGGGGCCCACUGACUA